CAGAUCUUAACUCUUUUCUCUCUCGGGAUUUCAGGUGUACCAAUGGAAUCUCUCUCAGUGUCAACCAACAGCUUCACUCUGGACCUUUACAAAAAGCUGAAUGAAACUUCCAAAGGCCAAAACAUUUUCUUUUCUCCUUGGAGUAUUGCAACUGCUCUUGCCAUGGUCCACCUGGGUGCAAAAGGUGACACUGCAAGCCAAAUGGCUGAGGUUCUUCAUUUUAACCAGACUGCAAGAGAAGAAGGUUCAUCUGAGACAACAAGGCCUUCUCCAGCAAGACCAAAGAAAAGAAAGAUGGAUCCUGAGCAUGAGGGAGCAGAAAACAUCCACUCUGGCUUCAAAAAGCUCCUAUGUGACAUCAACAAACGCAGAAGCACUUACUUGCUGAAGAGUGCCAACCGACUGUAUGAGGAAAAGACCUACCCAUUACUGCCUAAGUUCUUGCAACUCAUUACAAGCUAUUACAAUGCAAAGCCACAAGCUGUAAACUUUAAGAGAGCUGCAGAACAAGUCAGAGCACAGAUCAAUUCAUGGGUAGAAAAUAAAACUGAGAGGAAAAUACAGAGUCUGCUGCCUGCAGGAUCUCUCAAUUCUCGCACUGUGUUGGUCCUAGUAAAUGCCAUUUAUUUCAAAGGAAAGUGGGAGAAGAAAUUUCUGGAGAAAAAUACUUCUGAGAUGCCCUUCAGAAUAAGCAAGACCAAGACUACACCAGUACACAUGAUGUUUUUGAAAGAUAAAUUUUUUAUACUUCAUGAAACCACCAUGAAAUUCAGAAUCAUUGAGCUGCCAUAUGUGGAAAAUGAACUCAGCAUGUUCGUUCUCCUUCCCGAUGACAUCGGUGAUAACACUACUGGCCUGGAGCUGGUGGAAAGAGAGCUGACAUAUGAGAAACUGUCUGAAUGGACCAAAUCAGACAAUAUGAUGAAAGCUGAAGUGGAUCUAUACCUGCCCAAGUUGAAGCUGGAAGAAAAUUAUGACCUUAAAUCCCCUCUGAGCAGCAUGGGGAUACAAAAUGCUUUUGAUCCAAGUCAGGCUGAUUUCACAGGGAUGUCAGUGAAGAAGGAUCUUUUCAUCUCACAAGUUAUUCACAAAGCUUUUGUGGAGGUCAAUGAAGAAGGUACGGAGGCAGCAGCUGCCACAGGUGUCUUGAUGAUGAGAUCGAGAGUCCCAACAAUGACUUUCAAAGCUGACCACCCUUUUAUCUUCUUUAUCAGACACAACAAAUCACAAACCAUCCUCUUCUUUGGCAGAUUUUGCUCACCCUAGUCAGUGAGUCCCUCCACUGCAGAGCAGGAGAUGCUUGCUUGCUAGCACAGAGGCAAACCCCAAACCUGAGGCUCUCUGCAACCGGGGGAGCAGGACUUGAACCCCUUCUUCAUCAGACCACCGACCCUGGUGCUUGAGGCACAGCUCCUCCAAUGCCUCCUUCCUAAGCUGAAGGGACAGCUGUGGCAGUGCCACAGGGAUUGUGCAAUGCCUUGCACCCACAGAGCAAUCCUGGCUAUCAUUUGGAUCAGGCCAUCAUGUCCUUAUCACUAUGUAUCACCAUGGCAUUUCUAUCUCCCACUCACAGCACUGUGCACAUGUAUAUUUUGCCAGAAUCUUUCUCCUUACCCUUAUGAUGAGGGCCACUUAUCCUGAUGUGAUCCUAGCAUGUACCCCCAGCCUGCAGCAAUCAGACCCAGCUCCUUUUUUUUAGCCCUAAACUAAGCCCUGGAGUUACUACUGGAGGCAGAUCCUCCCAGCCUUCACCCUGUGGCCAUUCCCUUGCUUUCCUUCCACAUCCCAACUCCCAAGUCUUCAUCAGCUCCCAAUAACUCUCAUGUUGCUCCACAGAUUCCUUCUAAUAAAAUAUAUUUUUUUUAAAGUACACCUCUCUAUGGGCUAUUUUCCUCACUCAGACCCUCAGGAAUGCGAGAAAGGGUUAAGCCCGUACGGUGUCUGGCUACAGCAACAUCUCAGUUUGGCUCAAAGCAAUCCUAGCUUCAGAAAUAAGUAAUAGUAAUUAAUAACCCUCAUGGACCUGGGGUGUU